AUGUCCGAGGAGAAGAAGACGGGAGACGUCAUUGACGCGAACGAUGGAUCGUCCGACUGUUUCUCCGUUAAGCACCAGAUGCAAAAAUCUCCAAUAUUUGCCCUACUAUCGCUGUUGGCGUUGACCUUAGCAGUGUCGGCAGCGCUCGUCGGAAAACACUCGGUUGCUGCUCGUGGACAAUUGAUGUGCGGUGGUGCGCCGGCGGAAAAUGUCCGUGUACGACUAUUCCGUGUCAAACAACCGAAAAAAGAUGACCUUAACCAAAUGCUCGCCGAAACAACCACCGGAAAACCAGGAGUUUUCCUACUUGAAGGUGAUACAAAUGGUUUUCCGCUGAAUGAGACCACUAUGCAGCCAGUGCUGACCUUCUAUCAUUCAUGUGAUGAGGAUCCAACUAAACUGAAGAAGAAUGGAUAUCGCAAGUUUAACUACAAUAUCCCUGGCGAAUAUGUAUCGCUGGGAUCGAAACCGAAAAAGACCUUCGAUUUUGGGACCCUCAACAUUCAGCUCGAAUUCCCUGGUGAGAAACAUGACAAGAAAUUUGAGGAGAGAAAGCAUGCAAGAGUAUAA